UCCUGGGGGGCUCUUUGAUAAGAUUGGCACCGUUGGAAUUGCACUCACUCUGCUUCACACCUUGACAUUCUCCACCACCACCAGGACGACCUCCGUUUGACUCUUUCGCCCAGGAUGGAUCACUGUGAGGAGAACGAGUACGAGGCCCCAGAGUUUUACCAGAACCAGUCAUCGGCUAUAUACGAAAUGAGCGCCGAGGAGGAGGCCUACGAGGGGCCCUCAGCAGAGUACGAGAACACCGGACGGGCCAUUGGGAGGAUACCAGCUCCCCCUUCUGUCCCUCCACCUCGCCAUCCCACAGAGGAGAGGCGAGGCAGCUCCUCUUCCUCAUCUUCAUCCUCCUUGUCCUCUUCACAAGGUAAAGAUAGAGAGAAGGGGGAGAUGAAGGCCUCUGACAGGGAGGAGGAGGAGAAAGAAGAAGAGAAGAUUCAGGGGAGUCCCAGCAAUAAGGCGGUCACUUGGGAGAGUCAGGAGAUGGAUGUGGAUGGGAGAAACUCAUCACGCAGGUCAUCAUCCUCAUCAUCAUCUUCAUCGGAGUCUAAGAAGGAACCUGAGGAGAAGCCAGAGAAGGAGAGGGAAGAUCUGAAUAUCAUACUUUUUACGAAGGCUGGCCAGGAUGGGGAGAGCAUUGGAAACUGUCCAUUCUCUCAGCGCCUCUUCAUGAUCCUCUGGCUGAAAGGAGUCGUUUUUAAUGUCACCACUGUUGACCUCAAGAGGAAACCAGCCGACCUCCACAACCUGGCCCCGGGGACGCACCCACCCUUCCUCACCUUUCAGGGAGAGGUUCUCACAGACGUCAACAAAAUAGAGGAGUACCUGGAGGCCAUGCUGGUGCCACCGAAGUAUCCUAAACUCGCAGCAAAGAACCGUGAGUCCAACACGGCAGGAAACGACGUGUUCGCCAGGUUCUCAGCUUAUGUGAAAAACACCAGGCCAGAUAAACACAGGGAUUUAGAGAAGAGUCUGAACAAGGCCUUGGAGAAGCUGGACAACUAUCUGAUGAGUCCACUUCCUGAUGAGGAUGAGACGAAACACCACAGCAGCAAAGGGGAAUCUACUCGCAAAUAUGUGGACGGGGAGGAGCUGACGCUGGCGGACUGCAACCUUUUGCCCAAGCUCCAUGUCGUCAAGGUGGUUGCAAAAAAGUACCGAAACUAUGACAUCCCGUCGGAUUUCAGAGGGGUGUGGCGCUACCUCGGCAACGCCUACAGCCGAGAUGAGUUCACCAACACGUGCGCUGCCGAUGUGGAAAUUGAGCUAGCCUACAAGGACGUGGCCAAGAGGCUGGAGAAGUGAACCCAUCGCAGUCACACUCACUCUUUUACUUUUUCUCAAACUAAAAUCAUACUUGUGAUAAACAGGAUGUGUAAUUUUUAACGCUGAUGCUGUAAUAAGCUUAAAGUGGUGUGAGUCAGUCUGACAUUAUAACCUCCGAACAGUGAUUGCAAUAAUUUUCAGUCACUUUAGAACUACAUACGUCUGGUUAGAGUUAAUUAGCUGAUUACGCAGGAUGCAUAAAACAGGGUUUGACUAUUUUCUGUCCUAUUUUUCUGCUAAGAAUUUUUUUCCAGCCAAAGCGAUGUCUCGCCGUCUUCCUUUUCUUAAUCUCUGACAUUAAAUUGCACUUUUUUUUUCAUCUGCUGUAACCGGCACAGUGGUACAGUGGGUCGCCUCACUGCUAGAAGGAUACCUGUGUGAAUCUCAGACUCUAUCUCAUGGUAUAGGUGUGACCUAUGAGUGUAACCCUCAUCCUAAGCAGUUUUUGUAAUUGUAAAGUGAGGUUUCAUUAUUUUACUUGUUAAAAUGUACUAACGAGAAUGUUUUCCAGCCCAAGUCAUUUGUCUUUUAUUGGUGUGGUGUCAACUUUGUGGACUUUGGUCUUUGUCUUCAUGAAGCAAUGACUCACCUAUUAAAUUGUAUGUUUUUUCAUCUGCUUUAACCACGUCAUCCCUUUUACUUUCCAUUUUACCUUCAACAGCCCAUUCGAAUAUAAUAUCUACUUUCAGAUUAAAUUUCAAAUUCAAUCUGAUAAACGAACCUAGAAUGAAAAAGAAAAGUUUCACCCCAGCAGUUGUGUUGACGUGUUAUUUUAGUGCUGAUGGAAGCAAAUGUAAUUUUAAUGACAAGUGCCUCAGUGGGCAUCUCCUCUGCCUUCAGCUCUUUAUGUCUGUACAGUAAAUUAUAUAUAUUUGAAUAUAAUAUAAAUGGGAAUUAUGGAUGUCGUCUGCUUUAUGAAUCUGUGUGAUAAUAAUAAAUAUGUCUGUAAAUGAUUAUUAUAGCGCAACAAUAUUCCUUCUGAUGAUUAGAACCGCAAACCCCACUGUGUAUAUGUCACUUGUUUGAAUAAUAAAUCUAUUU